UGCCACUCACGCUUUCCCUGUCAAUUCAUUUCUCUCUCUUUAAAAUCUCUCUGUAACUACUGCAGUCUCUUUAAGUUCUACAUGCUCCCUCUAACUACUUCACACUCUCUUCCCUCUCUAAAAUUCCAUUCUCUUCUCUCUCUAAACUUCCACUCUCUCAGCACCAAAACCAGAAUAAAUAAAUCCAGAGAAUGAACAAAAAUUAAGAAAACCACAAAAGGAAAAAGCAGAGAAACCCUAGCACUUUGAGAAAGGUCCACUUUACUUGCCGAAAGUUCCCUUGAUGAAGGAGCUUUCACUGUCUCUUCUCGCUUUAUUCCUCUUCAAGCAAAUAAAGGGCCGAUGAAAUCAUUAUAUUUGUUUUCUUGUUGAUAUAGAGAGUACACAUCAAUACAUUUCUGUAACAACUCAUGGUUUUCACUUUGCGGCCCAAGAGAUCUUUGGGUGAUUUGGGGAAUAUGGCAGCUGAGCUUGUCAAUCUAGCUACAAAUGAGGCAUUGAAGGAACCUGAUUGGGCCAAAAACAUUGAAAUCUGUGAGAUAGUCAGUCGCAAUGAAGGGGAAGUUAAAGUUGUCAUCAAAUCCAUAAAAAAGCGGUUGGGAAGUAAGAAUCCAAAUACCCAGCUACUUUCCAUUAUGUUAUUGGAAGUGUUGAUGAAUAAUUGUGGGGAACAUGUACACCGGCAGGUUAUUGAUACAGGGCUUCUACCUAUGAUGGUUAAGAUAGUGAAGAAAAAGUCUGAUCUUCCUGUAAGAGAAAAGAUAUUUCUUCUUUUGGAUGCCACACAAACUGCUCUUGGUGGACCAACUGGAAAGUUCCCUCAAUAUUAUGCUGCAUAUUAUGAUCUGGUGUCUGCACGUGUCCAAUUUCAACAACGCCCUAAGCAUGCUGCUCCAAAUGUAGACACCAUAAAGGCUCAGCCAAAUGAUUCGCAUGCCAAGGCAUCAGCUGCUCCAGAUUCCAAUGGCAUUGUUCAUCAAACAAACAGUCAUAGCGUCUCAGAGUCAAGUAUCCUUCAGAAGGCUAGAGGUGUCUUGGAUAUUCUCAGAGAAGUAUUGGACAGCAUAAAUUCUCAAAAGCCAGAGCAGGGUGCAACAGAUGAGUUCACAUUAGAUCUUGUCGAACAAUGUGCAUUUCACAAGCAGCAAGUCAUGCAUCUUGUCCUGAAGUCACGGGACGAGAAGCUAGUUUCACAAGCAAUCGAGUUGAAUGACGAGUUGCAGAAAGUGCUUGCUAGGCAUGAUGCGCUCCUAUCAAUUCCCUCAGCCUCUGGUGCUGCUUACGACCAUGAAGAAGCAGAAGAAGAUGAUGACUCACACCACCUGUUUCGAAGAAUGCGUAAAGGGAAAGCCUGCAUGGGUCCCACAAUUGAAGACGGUUCAGGAAGCUCGUCUAGCUCCCUGGACUCCAUUUCUAGUAGCCGCCAUCUCAACAGCAUGCCCCUAAAUCUAGAGAAGUCCCCAAUAAAUGUUGAGAAGAAGCCAUCAAGUUCUGAAAAAUCACCGCUAAAUGGAGUUGAGAAAAAGCCAAUGUGCUCUGAAAAACCACUAAAUGGAGCUGAAAAAAGGCCAAUAAGUUUGGAAAAAGCACCAUUAAAUAUGGAUGAGCCGUAUAUCAACACAGGGCCUCCUCGCCUUAUUGCGGUUUCGAUCCCACCCCCUCCUGCUAAGCAUAUGGAGAGGGAAAAGUUUUUCAAGGAGAGAAGGGCUGGUGGCUCUUCUGAUCACGAGAUGUUCAGCAGCCUUUCGCUGCACUCUCGGAGUGGCAGCAGCUCGCGUAGUGAGAGUCAAGAUUCUGGAGGGUGAGGUUUUCAUUUGGUGGUGGCUUUCCAGUCUUGUAAUGUGUGUGAGCUUCAAAUUGUGUUUUUUUCACAUAUUUCUUUGCUGUUUAUGUUGGAUUGGCUUAUUGAGAUAAACUUUUGUGUAAUAUCCCUUUGGUGUAAUAUCUGGUAACUUUUCUUAACCACACAAAAGAGGAGCAAGAAGGCAAGAGUGGGCAUUUUCAGUUGUAUACAUAGGCUAAAGACUGUAGAUUCCUCUCCAGGCUGAGAUUUGAGGAAAUGGCGGAGCGUUUUAUCAUCUUAAGAUGUGUUUGUGUAGGCUAAAGACUGUAGAUUCCUCUCCAGGCUGAUAUUUGAGUAAAUGGCGGAGCGUUUUAGCAUCUUAA